UCUAAUCUUUCGCCCCUCAAUAUGGCGCCAGUAGCUCCCCUCGUGACGAGGCUCAAGGUGCAACUCAAGCUCUCGAUAUCCAGACUUCGGAUGGUUCAGCAGAAGGAUACCGCAAAGGCGAAACAACAGCGAAGAGAAAUGGCGCAUCUUCUUGAAGCUGGCAAGAUCCAAUCCGCCAGAAUACGCGUCGAGAACAUCAUCCGAUCCGAUAUACAAACCGAACUGCACGAGAUCCUUGAGCUGUACUGCGAACUCUUGCUCGCGCGAUCCCAGCUCCUCGAUCCUCCGGUUUCGCCGCAAGGAGGUGUCUCCACACAGAUCCCCCUGGAUCCUGCCCUAGAGGAAGCCGUCCGGAGCAUCAUAUAUGCAUCUCCUCGAACAGAGAUCAAGGAGCUCCACGCAGUCCGCGUGCUGCUGGUGGAGAAGUUCGGAAAGGACGUUGCGCUCGCGAGCAUGGAAGGGGAGGGUGUGGCAGAGAAAGUGAUGAAGAAGUUAAAAGUAGAGACACCGAAGGAGGAGCUUGUAGACGCAUACCUUACCGAAAUUGCGCGGUUCUAUGGCGUACCUUUUGGAGAAGACGCGACGCCCGACGAUGAGGACGAUGACGAACCCUCGGGCGGGAUUGCAGAUGAGGCAGAUGGGGAACUCGAGCCUGCGCUGGAAGCCGACACUGGUAAAGCCAAGCCGUCGAAAGAAGAUGAGGAAGAGGAACUCGUCAAGGCGACGCCACCCAAGAAGUUUGGCCCGCAGAGUCCACUGAGGGUUGUGCCACCGAGUCCCAGUACAGACAACGUGGCGCCUAAGUUGAAACUCCCUGGAAGUGCGACGGCGAAGCUGAACAAGCCUGAAGUCAAGAAGCCAGCGGCUAAGAAGGAUGAUGGACCUGGUGGCAAGAUCCCUGAUGUAGACGAGCUGGCGAAGAGGUUUGCGCAGCUAAAGCGUUGA